GAAGUGGGGCUGAGGGACUCAAGGCACCACAUGUGGGAAUUUACCCCCAAACUGAGGUGUCGCCUCACCAUGCCCUGGAACCAAUGCGCCGUCGCCUAGUAACGUGGUGCUGAGUGGAGACAAAGGGCCACGAGUCAAACCUGGUGCUGGGUCAGUGUCGCGUCCAGGCGACGUGUUGUCAGGUCACCCAAACGUAGGGCGGCCACCUCUGAGCAACAAAGAACUGGGACAGCCCGGCUGGGCCUGAGCCCACAGAACCGGCCAGCUGGCAGCGUGUGCUCUGUGCCCUCACAGGCCUCCCUGGCCAGGCACCGCCACAAAGGGGCAGCCCCUCCCCCCAGAAUGGGUUACAUUUACAUUAGACCAUGGCAUGACCUUAGACCAGGGCACUGGGUCAGAAAGUGGCCUUGGAAUGACUCGCAAGCACCUAGACAAUGGGAUGGUGCGGGGACGGGUGCUGUCUGAAUGUGGCACCAAGAUGAAAUACCAUCAUCUCGUGGCACAAUGGUGUCACAAGAAACAGCAUCGGAGGGAGACUUUGCAAUAUUACGGCCUCAUGCCAUGUCCUGGCUUCGAAACAUGGUGUCCAGAUGACAUACCAGCUCGCUGGCGUCUAGUUGAGUGGUCGAUGCCCCACAACGCUGCUAAAUUGUGCCUCAUAAGACGAUGUGAAAAUGUCACAUUGCAAUGUUGUUGUUAUCCGACACCCUGCAAUGCAAGCUGACAGCGUAAUGCCAAAGUAUGCCACAUCAAGAACCAGCAUUUCAGGGUCGGAGAUACCGGUGUGUUGGCGUAUCCCAGCCUCAAGGAGAAAUGUGAAGGACUUUAACCUUUAUGACCUCACAAAAUGUCACCAUGUCCUAUCUUGUAACCUGAUGGAUACACUUGAUUCCCACCCGGGAUUGCAGUGAUGAGCUCCUAGGUGCAGCUCCUGCCACCUCAGCCAGGAAGAGAGAAACCCCCAAGCUCAGCACAGCUGGUACCAGCUUGUCUAAGGAAGUUUACUGGUGCAUGCCAUCCCCUUCUUCACCUCGCAUCCUGAAUUGUUUCUUGGUGGUGUUCUAUGCUGUCGUGUUCCACCCCAGAGGUGGCUGCAUUUCGGAGCUGAGUGAAGCAGCAGUGAUCUAGCUGUCUGCUGAAUCCAUCCUUCAAGAUGAAAGGUUCCUUGGAGACCUCAGAGCUCCAAGGCGGGGUUACCACUCGGCAGCAUGGACUAGCGAGGGAGCUGCCGCAGCAUUAGCCAUGCAGCCACCUAGCCAGCUGUUCUCCAUAUGAAAAACAGUUCUGCACCCGUGUUUUUCCAAAAAUAACCAUGUAUUCCCCAUACUGCCUGACCCAGGAUGAAUUCCACCCUUUCAUCGAAGCUCUCCUCCCUCAUGUGCGUGCCUUCUCCUACACAUGGUUCAACCUGCAAGCUCGGAAGCGAAAGUACUUCAAGAAGCACGAGAAGCGGAUGUCCAAGGAUGAGGAGCGCGCUGUGAAGGAUGAGCUGCUGGGGGAAAAACCGGAGAUCAAGCAGAAAUGGGCAUCGCGGCUACUGGCCAAACUCCGCAAAGACAUCCGCCCCGAGUUCCGGGAGGAUUUUGUCCUGACCAUCACCGGUAAGAAAGCACCCUGCUGCGUCCUCUCCAACCCGGACCAGAAGGGCAAAAUCCGCAGGAUUGACUGCCUGAGGCAGGCCGACAAGGUUUGGAGACUGGAUCUUGUAAUGGUCAUCUUAUUCAAAGGGAUCCCGCUCGAAAGUACUGACGGGGAGCGGUUGUACAAAUCGCCACAGUGCUCCAACCCCGGCCUCUGCGUCCAGCCACACCACAUUGGAGUCACAAUUAAAGAACUGGAUCUUUACUUGGCGUAUUUUGUUCACACUCCUGAAUCCGGACAAUCAGACAGUUCAAACCAGCAAGGAGAUGUGGACAUCAAACCACUGCCCAACGGGCAUUUGACUUUCCAGGACUGUUUUGUGACGUCGGGCGUCUGGAACGUGACGGAGCUGGUCCGAGUGUCCCAGACUCCCGUGGCCACAGCGUCGGGUCCCAACUUCUCCCUGGCAGACCUGGAGAGCCCCAGUUACUACAACAUCAACCAGGUGACUCUGGGCCGGCGGUCCAUAACGUCACCUCCUUCCACCAGCUCCACCAAGCGCCCCAAGUCGCUGGAUGACAGCGAGAUGGAGAGCCCCGUGGACGAGGUCUUCUACCCUGGGACGGGGCGCUCGCCUGCCGCCGGCAGCAGCCAGUCCAGCGGCUGGCCCAACGACGUGGACGCAGGACCGGCUUCCCUAAAGAAGUCAGGGAAGCUGGAUUUCUGCAGCGCCCUCUCCACCCACACCACCUCCCCAAGAAUGGCUUUCAGCCACCACCCGCUGCCAGUCCUUGCAGGAGUCAGACCAGGAAGCCCUCGGGCAACAGCCUCGGCCCUGCACUUCCCGUCGACCUCCAUCAUCCAGCAGUCCAGCCCCUACUUCACCCACCCGACCAUCCGCUACCACCAUCACCACGGCCAGGACUCGCUCAAGGAGUUCGUGCAGUUCGUCUGCUCCGACGGGUCGGGCCAGGGCACCGGGCAGCCUAACGCUAGCGGCCAGGGCAAAGUCACGGGCUCAUUUUUGCUGCCGCCGCCCCCACCUGUGGCCAGACCUGUGCCCCUUCCAAUGCCUGACACAAAAUCCACCAGCACUAACCCAGAGGGCGGAGCGCCGACACCUACAUCACCCUCAUUCGCAGCGCCAGGCUCCUCCACUGCCAACCGCUUUGUCGGCAUCGGACCCCGGGACGGCAACUUUCUAAACAUCCCCCAGCAGUCUCAGUCUUGGUUCCUCUGAUGGGAUCUUCAAGAAAGAGACGAGAAAUCUCCCCCUAAAGCCCCCCCAUGGAAGCGUCCGUCCUUCGCCCUGGAUCUUCACUGAGCUGCUCCAGUCGAGACCGAAAGGGGGUGCCCGGCUCCCACUACCCCCCGUCCCAGCCCCGAUCCGGAGCCAAUUUGAAUCGACGUGGACGAGGUUGGUCCUGUCCGAUGCGGAAUCUCCGCGCCGCCCUUGGGACGUUACGUCACAAAGAGCAAAGCCCAGCACCCCCGCAGCGAUCGCCGCAGGUCAGCCGCUCCGGAGCCGAGCGUCUCCCCCGGUCCUGGGGCGGGGAGAUCGGCAGCCCCGCAGCGAUCGCCGCAGGUCAGCCGCUCCGGAGCCGAGCGUCUCCCCCGGUCCUGGGGCGGGGAGAUCGACAGCCCCGCACGCGCCCGGGUCAAAAUCUCCCGAAAAGCGCCCCGAGCGCAGACGUGUGCCAGGAAAGAGGGGGAAGUGCUGGGGUCUUUCCAGAGCUGCAAGUGACUUAGGAUGGCAGGUUGAGGCAACGUCCAAUAGCCAUGGGCAUGGUCUGUCCGCACAGGGGGUCCAGCCACGGGGUGUGAUUGCACCUCGCAUCGGCCGACCCCAGCUAGCGUUCGGGUGCCGGGAAGCUGCAGCAGCAUGGGCGAGCCCCGGGUAAUUACCCGGCCGCGGCAUCCUGCUCUGGCACCCGAGCUAGCUUGGCUGCAUGAGGUGCAGCCCCACCGGGGUCUCCCUGCUGGCACUGGUUCGGCUCACGGGGUGAACAGAGCGAGAAUGGAACCAGCUGGCCUGUCCCACAAACAUAUUUGCGAGUUCAGAAAAAUUUCUUGUCUCAAAUUGGGGUGAAAAAUGGAAAUCUCAAAAAUAUUCCCCAGCCGGAAACCUGGCGAGUUUUCUGUUGUGGGACAGUUGAAAUAUUUCAUUUUUUCCAUUUUGGCCUUUUUUUCUGGGGUUUUAACCUUAUUUUUUUCGGUCAAAUUAGCUUAAAGUCGGGUCAAACCAGAAAACUGGAAUUUUGCCUUUUUUGCAAGUUUGUUCAUGAUCAGGAGACGCAGCCGACCCGCCCGUUCCGGGAACGGUUCCAUUUCAGCAAAGCUGCGAUUUCCAAGGAAAAAAUGAUUUGUCACAGACUCCCGGCCAGCGCAGGGCGAUGGAAAAUCGGUGCCUCUUUUCACGUCAGUGGUCGUAAAUGGCAUGUGACCUGCCCUGGCGCUGUUUCACUUGCCUCGUCUGCAUGAGAAGGCAACACUGGUUUAACUUCACCUGCUUUAAAGCCACAACUCGAGGGGUGAAUUUAAACCGGUUUAAAGAGCCUGCUGUGAACCGGACCGAUAGAAGUGGUUUGACAUUGAUGUAAGUGCGUCCACACAGGUGCUGGCACCAGUUUCAUCAAACCGGUUUAACUGAAGUCAGGCCAGUUUUGCAGGGAACAAACGUUGUGCAUCCAAGUCACGUUGGUGCUCUGGAAAUCAUCCCUCUGUGCCCAGCAAUGAGCCGCCUUCCCGGUUCAAUUCAGGACGCUCGGGCCGGGGCUAGGCCUCUGCCCAAGGAGCCCCAGGAUUGGGUCCCCUCCGUCUUCGUCCUGGGGCAGCCAGAUUCUCCAGGGCGCCCGGGAAGAUCCAGCUCCAGUGGGGUGUUUGCUGGCAGCCCUGGAGAAAUGCAGCCGGGAAGGCUACAAACCUGGCAAGCUUCCUGGCUGCCCCUGGCUCCGGCUGGCCCUCCCUCCCGCCGCCUGCAGGGACUGGCCUCCAUCUCCUCGGAGCCCAGCUGUGCCGCUGAGGAUGCUGGGAGUUUACCCAGGAUGCUCGGCGGCCGAGGGACUCAGGCUGGCUCCCAGCACGUUCCUGUCCCCCCAACCAUAAGCGCCGGGGCCAUUGUCCCCCCUCGUUCCCGCCGUACGGGGAGUCGUGAGGAAGGCUCAGCACAGACGCUCCCGGCUGCGGGGGCAGAGGGGGCUGCGCGCGCUCCCUUCCCAGCCCCCCAUGUCAGCCUCUCGCUCGAGCCCCCUCGGGCGGAUGAAGUGGGAUUCUGCCCGGGGGGGAACAGUUAGAUUAGUUUAGAGAAGGGGGCAUCUAGUCUCCUUCCCAGCUCUCCCAGUGGCUCCCAGCAUGGCCCCCUUCCCUCCCCCACAAUGGGGUUCUCUCCAGCCCUGAAAAUGCAGCGCUGGGGGGGGUCCCUUUGCAAACAACCCCCCUCCCCCAAGAAAUCAGCUUCAGCUGAGGACGCCCGCCAGUGCUGCCAAUCCCCGGGCGUGGCUGCCCCCUCUCUUUCCGAAUGCCGCUCCCCAGCGAAAGUGCUGGGGGAGCCGCGGCAGCUGGCUUGGGCCGGGGGGGGGCGCGUCUGUGAGGUUUGACAAGGUCGCGUCUAAGCUAGCUCAGCUGACAGCUGUUUUCUUUCCCCUUCUCCCCACUGUGAUCUGUUCUCGCUUCCUUCCUUCCUUCGGAUUUGCUGCUUGGUGGUUGGUUUUUUCGUUUUAAAUAGUUGGAUCCUU